AGAUGGCAUCAGUGAAUCGAGUAGUGAACGACGCCCUGUCUUCGAUGCAGUCAACGGCCACCAGGUCUAGUCUGAUGCGAUGGUUUCUACAGACACUGGCUAUCUCCCAGGCUGUGAUCUCGACUGAAUGGCCAGCAGCACACAAGUUAAAAGAUGGGGAGAAGUUCGACUUCAUUGUGGUAGGUGCGGGGUCGUCGGGUGCUGCGGUAGCGGCUCGGCUGAGCGAGGUGCCGCACUGGCAAGUGCUGCUCAUAGAGGCAGGAGGAGACCCACCGCCUGCUAGCGUGUUACCCAGCAUGUUCGCGACCCUAGCACACACCCCCACCGACUGGGACUACAAGGCUUCGCUUGACGCAGGCGUGGGCAGCAGCCAUCCCAACCGCACAAUCUUCAUGACCCGCGGCAAAAUGCUCGGCGGGUCCUCCUCCAACAACUACGAGAUCUACGCCAGGGGCGUCCCGGCAGAUUACGACCAGUGGGACCAAAUGGCUCCUGGUUGGAACUGGGAUACUGUACUACACUACUUCAAAAAACUUGAACGCAUGACUGAUCCCAGCGUCUUAAAAGAAAACCAUUUCCUCCAUUCUACAGAAGGACCAGUCGCAAUAUCGAGACCGGCUCAAAAUGCUUUAUUUGAAGCUAUAAAUGAGAGGAUGCUAAACUCUCUCGAUGAAAUAGGAGUGAAAAGAGUGCUCGAGAAUUAUGGACCUGUAAUUUUAGGCGCGUCCAAACCACAUUUCACGUUUGCCAAUGGAAGGAGAUCUAGUACUGCUGAAGCUUAUUUAGUGCCAAUUCAAAAUAGACCUAAUAUUCAUAUAGCUAAGUUUUCUAGAGUGAUAAAAGUUCUAGUCGAUCUCUCUACGCAUCAUGCCUAUGGGGUACAAGUAAUGACAAAGUCUAAAAGAGUUUACAACAUUUUCGCUAAUUUAGAAGUGGUUUUGUCUGCAGGUGCGAUUGACUCGCCUAAACUUCUAAUGCUCUCUGGAAUCGGACCAAAAAAGGAACUAGAUAAACUGGAUAUUGAGGUCAUUUCCGACCUUCCAGUUGGUAUGAAUCUCCAUGAUCAUAUGUUGACUCCUAUUAUAUUUCAAGGGCAAAGUGGUUUUCAGACAACAGUUCAAAAUAUAGCUACAGUUACAGAGUUAGAUUCUUAUCCUACACCUAUUCAGGUUGGGUUAUUCAAAUUAAACGCAUCAUCGGCUAAUUAUAUCAUGGAAAAUAAACCUCAAUUUCAGUCAUUUAACAUUCACAUGGGAGCUGGCCUGACCCCUUUUAUAAAUAUUGGUUGUGUAACUGUAACUAAUUACGAUCCCUCUUUCUGUGCGUCAAUCGGCAAUGCUAACAUUUUUAAUGAAAUUGACUAUACCAACUUAGUUCUCUUACAUCCUAAAUCCCGAGGACAAGUCAAGCUUCGAAGCAACAAUCCACUCGACAGUCCUGUUAUAGAAUUAGGGUAUUAUAGGGAUAAAAAUGAUUUAGACGUCAUGGUUGAGGGGAUCAAAUAUAUGACGCGUUUGGCGACGACGUCUUAUUUCCGAAAGGUGGGAGGUAAAGUAGCGAGAUUAAACGUGAAAGAAUGUAGGGGUUUGAAAUGGGGUUCAGAUAGUUACUGGAGGUGUUACGCUAGGAAUACGGUGGCUUCAUUGCUUCACCCGGUGGGUACGUGCGCUAUGGGGCCUGACGGCGUGGUGGACGAGACCUUGAAGGUGCAUGGCAUGUCUGGAUUGAGGGUCGUGGAUGCCUCCGUUAUGCCUACGAUUCCAAGUGGUAACACGAACAUACCUGCCAUCAUGGUUGGCGAGAGGGCGGCCGAUUUGAUUAAGGCUGAUUACCAAUCUAUGUUCAUGUUUUAAGUAAAUGAGUCGGUAGUAAU